AUGUCGAGUACCGUCUCAGUACCUGCAACAGCUACCACAGCACAGGAGAGGCCUCAUGUUGUCCCAACUGGAUUUCAACAUCCGUUGGAUCCUUUGACUGCUGAUGAAAUUGCAGCUAUCACUUUUACCGUUCGCCACUAUAUCACAUCCAACUCAGAACUCGACUCGAUCAAAGCUGUCAAGUUCAUAACCACGUACCUGCUUCCUCCCCCGAAGAAAGCCGUCUUAGCUUAUCUUGGUAUCCCUCUGGUUCCCGAAACAGCACCUGAACCCCCUGCGCAGAUCGUUAGGAGGGCUGAGGUCGAUUUCCUUGAUGUUGUCAACGGUUUUUCCUACAAUGUCAUAUUGUCCCUUCACUCGGAAGGAAAAUGGGUUGUGGACACAUUCGAUAAACUUCCAGAUGGUGUCCAGCCUCAAAUUUCAGUCGAAGAACUUAUCCGAUGUGAAAAGAUUGUCAAGGCAGAUCAGAAUGUACAGGAUCUCGCUAAGGCUGUUGGUGUACUUCCCGAACAAAUCUACUGCGACGGUUGGUCGAUCGGAUAUGACGACCGUUUUCCUCAGGCGCGGAGAAUUCAGCAAGCGCUGCUCUUUGCUCGGUUUUCAGAACAUGACAAUCUCUACGCACACCCUAUGGACUUUGUCGUAGUAAUAGAUGCCAACACCGAAGAGGUUCUCCAGAUCGACUUCCCACCACACUAUAAAUCCACUGCCAAUGGACCCGUACUCUCAGUGCCCAAGACGGAAAUCCCACCUCUCUCGAGUGCCGAGGAGUCUUUUAAGAUUUCGAAUCGUGAACGCAUCCCUCCUCCUAAGAAGGCGUUCGAUUUCCUUCCCGAUCUCAUGGCAAAGACAGAGGAACAGUUCAAGCCGAGAGAGGAUAUCAAGCCGUUGCACAUCCUACAACCCGAGGGUGUGAGCUUUAGCAUGAACGGAAAUGAGCUUGAAUGGCAGAACUGGAAAAUGCACAUCGCUUUCAGUCACCGAGAGGGUAUAGUCCUCUCGACAAUCACGUACAACGACCACGGUGAAAUUCGACCCAUUAUCUACCGUCUUUCCCUCGCUGAGAUGGUUGUUCCUUAUGGUGCACCGGAGUAUCCUCAUCCCCGUAAAUUCGCUUUUGAUUCUGGCGAAUAUGGUAUGGGGACUAUGGCUAACGAAUUGUCGCUUGGGUGUGAUUGCGUUGGUCAGAUACACUAUCUCCCUGGUGCUUAUGUUUCGCAUUCUGGAGCUGCAAUCGUGAUAAAGAACGUGAUUUGCAUCCAUGAAGAGGACAACGGAGUUCUCUGGAAACACACCGACUAUCGUCCUGGAGGAAGAACUCAGACCACUAGGCGAAGGAGGUUGGUGGUCAGCAUGGUCUGUACGUUAGCUAACUACGAGUACAUUUGGAACUAUCUCUUUUAUCAGGAUGGUUCGAUCGAGAUUGAGGCUCGCCUUACGGGGAUCCUGCAAGUCUAUGCCCAACAACAAGGCGAACCAAAUUCAUUCGGUACGACUGUCGCACCUGGCGUCAACGCGCAUUAUCAUCAGCACAUGUUCUCUUUCCGAAUUGAUCCCAUGGUGGAUGGCAUCAAAAACAGUGUCGUGGAACAAGAUGUCAUUCCUAUCGGAGGUGAAAAAUCGGCUACUGGAGAGGACUUUAACUUUGCCGGAAAUGCGUUCACUACGACGGAGACCGUUCUAGAGAAAGAAGGUGGAAGAGAGUAUGAUUUCGCCAAGGAGAGACGGUGGAGAAUAACAAAUUCAGCUAGAAAGCACUAUGCUAGUGGGAAGGAUGUUGGGUACUCGAUUUCGAUGAAGGGUGGUAUUACACCUAUCAUGGCGAGGUCAGACAGUUGGGCUCUUCGUCGUGCUGGAUUCACCCAGUAUCCUAUCUGGGUUGUCAAGGACGUUGAAGGUCCGAAGGGAGGCCGUAUGUGGCCAGCCGGGAAGUACGUUCCACAAACAAGGGCCCAACCGGAAGAUUCGGUCGGUUCGUGGGUCGCUGGAAAGCUUCCUGUAAAGGACGAAGAUCUGUUGGUGUUUUUGACUGUAGGCACCACUCAUAUUCCACGACCGGAAGAUUGGCCUGUGAUGCCUGUCGAGCAUUUGAACAUUGCUAUCAAACCUCAGUCGUUCUUUGACAAAAAUCCUAGCAUGGAUGUACCAGGUACUAAAGAUGGCAAGAGUGUGUCCGCCUUUUCAGGACAGAGUUCAGCAGAUGCCUGCGGAUCUUGUCACUAG